UGCAGGCUUGAAGUCAGCCAACCACGGAACCUGUGUAAUCAGGUGUCCCAGAUUUAAAGGGAUAUUAUGACAAGCCUGUGCACAGUGUGUGUGUAUAUAUAUAUAAAAUCAGUUUUGGCUGUCAUUUGGACCUGUUUACAAGCAAUUCACAAACCGAGUUUGGUUUUUAAAUCCCAAUUUCGAACUGACAACAGACCACCUGCGCCGGUACUCGAUUCCAACUGGAACCCCAAAGUGAACUGGGACUCGUUUCCACUCAUAUGACUGAAUUAACAAUUUUGGCACUAAAAGUGGUAAAUGAAUGAAUGAAAAAUGAGGAACUGGAAAACACGUGAUUGUCGCUCAGAUGGUUCUGUACCAGCCUCAGGGCACCGUGUCUGUGGGUAUAAAUGACACCGCAGUGAUCAGCUGUGCGGCUAAUGAAACGCUAGAAGAUGCAGAUAAAAUCUCCUGGUACAGAAAGAGCUGGCGGUCAGGAGACGCUCCUCUACGUGUUACAUCUUGUCCACAUCGUAAUGGUGCACACAAAUAUACCUGUAAGAAUGAUAAAUUCAAGGCGGAACUGGAGAUACGCAAUACAGAUACUACUGACUCUGCAGUUUAUUACUGUACCUUUCUUUAUACUGAUUUUUUACUAAAAAUUGGCAAUGGGACAACUCUAAUUGCUGCAGACAGCUCUACACCCAGGGGCUCAGUCCAUCUCCUUGCUCCUGCCCCGCCUCCUCUUCCUAACACCACUGUCCUACUGGCCUGUGUGGUGCAUGGGGCUCGUCACACAGUCCGUGUAACCUGGAAGAUCUCUGGGGCACAUCAUAGGGGCAGGAUGAUCUCCAUAGAGGAGCCAGGUGGGACCUGGACUUUCCUGAGCCUCAUCUCACUUACCAGAGACACCUGGGACCACGGGGAGCCCAUCACCUGUGAUGUUUGGUUUAAUUCCUCUGCUGUAAGCGUCCACUGGGAAAUGCCAGAGAGAGGUGACUUUACCACUAAGUGCCAGAGCUACCUGCUACCUGCCCUGACCGGGGGGCUAUUACUGCUGCUGGCUCUGUCUGCUAAUCUCAUCUGGACAUUCAGGCAAACAGAUAAUAAAACUCAAGACUCCAAGGAUAAGGAGAACAUGAUUGUAUAUUCACAGCUGGCUAUGGAUUAUCUCACUGGGGGCAGAAAGUAGCCCAUACUAGGACUCAGUAAUGUGUCCAGUAUAGCAGCCAUCUGUCCAGACAAGAUAUGUUCCUGACCCCUAUUCUUACAUGGGGAGAAAAUGUGUGUAUAUGUAAGUUAGCACUGGUGUAUGCAGGGGUCCGGAUCCUGUGGUGUCUUUCAUUCCUGCAUUCUGGUACGAAGCUGUGUACUGUAUUUGGGCCUAAUUCAGAAUUUUGCAGAAACCCGAUGGUUCCAUACAAAUCCAUUGGUGUGGGGACUGCGCAGACGCAAGCAACGUUCUGCACAUGGGGGGUAAUUCC